AAGAAGCAGUCUCUCUUUAGUUGGAGGACUGAGUAGCCAUGACAACUAAGCAGCAAACAGUGAGAUUAAGCGAUGGUCACUUCAUGCCUGUUCUGGGCUUUGGUACCUUUGCAGCUUCAGAGGUGCCCAAGAGCAAGGCUACAGAAUUCACCAAAAUAGCUAUAGAUGCUGGUCUCCGCCAUAUUGAUUCUGCUGCUUUGUAUCAAAAUGAAGCAGAAGUAGGAAUAGCCAUCCGAAGCAAGAUUGCAGAUGGCACUGUGAAGAGGGAGGACAUAUUUUACACAACAAAACUUUGGUGUACUUCUCAUCGUCCAGAGCUAGUGCAGCCUUCCUUGGAACAAUCACUGAAGAAACUGCAGCUGGACUAUGUGGACCUUUUCCUUAUACAUUUCCCAAUGGCCCUGAAGCCAGGGGAUGAUUAUCUUCCAGAAGACGAGAAUGGAAAGUUAAUACCUGACUCAGUGGAUUUCUGUGCCACCUGGGAAGCCAUGGAGAAGUGUAAGGAUGCAGGGCUGACCAAGUCCAUCGGGGUGUCCAACUUCAACCGCAGGCAGCUGGAGAAAAUUCUUAACAAGCCGGGACUCAAGCACAGGCCUGUGUGCAACCAGGUAGAAUGUCAUCCUUAUCUCAACCAGAGGAAACUUUUGGAUUUCUGCAAGUCAGAAGACAUUGUUCUGGUUGCUUACAGCGCUCUGGGAAGCCAUCGUGUCAAAGAGUGGGUGGACCAGAACUCCCCGAUUCUUUUGGAUGACCCAGUUCUUGGUACAAUGGCAAAAAAAUACAAGCGGACUCCAGCCCAGAUAGCCCUUCGCUACCAACUGCAGCGUGGGGUUGUGGUCUUGGCCAAGAGUUUCUCUGAGAAGAGGAUAAAAGAGAAUAUUCAGGUCUUUGAUUUUCAGUUGACUUCAGAGGACAUGAAAGUCCUUGACGGUCUGAAUAAGAAUAUCCGAUACAUAAGAGGUUCUACGUAAGUAAUUUCAGUAAACAUAUCUUACUCAACAUUUUU